GAUUGCCGUAUUUUCUUGUUGUUGUCAGUCGCAAAAUUUUUGUCUCAAUCGAUUUUUUUAUUGUAUUUAAAAUUACCAUUUAACAACCUCUCUUCAAGAAAUAUCACAAAAAGAUUAAAGCAUAUAACAAAACUGCAACGAAGAUGGAUGCUUUACUAGACGAGGAGUUGGAGUCUCUGGAGGCGAUUCUUAUGGACGAUGUGCGCAUUGUACGAAAUGCCAGCGGUGCUGUGGAGAGCAUCGAGACAACAGUUCUUCCGUUGACCGGCGAGGAGGAUGAGCAGCAAUACAUCUGUGUGACACUGCAGGUGCUGCCACCUGCCGGCUAUCCGGAUGUGAGUCCAACAUUCAAGCUGCUGCGCCCUCGUGGCCUUGAUGAUGCCCGCUUGGAGGCGAUCAGAAGCGCCUGCAAUGCUAAGAUCAAGGAAUCACUUGGAUUUCCCGUUGUCUUCGAUCUCAUCGAGGUGGUGCGCGAACAUUUAACUGGCAGCAAUUUGCCCAGUGGCCAGUGCGUUAUUUGUCUGUAUGGCUUUAGCGAGGGCGAUGAAUUCACACGCACCGAGUGCUUCCAUUAUCUACAUAGCUAUUGUUUGGCCCGCCAUUUGAACGCACUGCGUCGCAACUACCAGGAGGAGUUCGAGAAGCUGCCUGCUUGGCUGCAAAAGACAGCCGACGCCUUUCAGGCGCUCUGUCCCGUCUGCCGCGAGCAUAUACACGACGAGUCAGAUAGCCUCAAGUGCGCCAUGCCGCCAUCGGAGCUAGAGAAUGCGCCCGAUUUUCGGGUAACACAGGAGCUGCGUCAAAUGCAGCAUCAUAUGUCCCAGCUGUAUCUGCAGCAGAAGAGUCGUGGCGCCAUCAUUGAUGCAGAGGCUGAAGGCAGUGCAGUGAUUGCCAUAGAGACCGAGGAAGAUAUACGCCGUCGACGUCGUCGCGAGGAGGCUGAAGCAGCCAAGAAGUUGGCUGGACCGCAGGAGGCUACAGGCAGCAGCAGCACGGCAACUACUCAAGCGAAGCCAGCGACCAGCAGCUUUGCGCCCGUGGUGCAGGAGACACAGCGCAUCAUGCCGGAGCCAACCAACAAUAAUUAUCAGCAUCAUAAUCGACGACAUUAUCGUGGCGGUCGCCGUCAUCAUCACCACCAACAUCAUCAUCGCAACGAGCGUGCCGAGAAUGCACACAGCACUGCCGGAGGAGGCGGCGGAGGAGGAAAUGGUGGUCCCAAUGCUGGCCAAGCUCCAGCCAGUGGCAGCGCAUCAAAUGCUGGUGCUGGCAAGCAACCAAAGGCUCAGACUGCCGCAGCCGGCCAUGCCAGGUGACAAUGGCGCAGCACCAGGCUGCUGCGGCUAACGAUUCCAUUUCAAGAAGACGCAGCAGUGACGUCAACUAUCGCAAUGCCAAUGACAAGGCCAAGGCACAUAGCGUUGCCAUUCCCAAUACUAAUCCCAUUCCCAUUGUCCUGCUGCUAGUAUUUAACGAAAACAACUAAAAGAACAACAUUAACGAGAAUAACAGGAAACCCAUACAUAACCCACAACCCGUUGCCACUUCUGCGUCGUUUUAUAAUCGAUUUUAGUUCAUAUUCUUUUAUUUUAUUUUUUUAUAUUCCCAUUGUGGAAACUCAAUUUCUGUGAACUUGAGUUAAGGCUUUCGACCUGGACAGGUGUAUUGAAGAAUUAAUGUUUAGUUUAGCAUUAGCGAGCCGGGGUUAGCUAAUUUCAAUUGAUAUUUGUGCAUCGAUAUCGAUAUCUAUAUGUAUUUAGUUUAUUUUUACGAUACUUGUAUUUGUAAUUGCUUACAAAAGACUUGCGGCAUUAUGCCGGGAUGAUAUUAUAGGAGUAGGGCUACGACUACAAUGUAGGGCAUUCAAACUAACUAGGAAGUAUUUAGCAGCACCAACUGGCAGCGCUGGCGUUGACGAACACUUACACACA